AUGAGCUUCAUUCAACGCCUCACAAAGCGCCUGCCCAGCGCGCCGAGUCUUCCACUCGAAGAUGACUCCAGGGAGAAAGGUCGCGCCUCGCCUCGUUUCGCCUUCUUCCGCCGGCGCAUCCUCUUUCCCUUCGGGACCUUGAACUUCGAUGUCUCCUUUGCUUCGGCCACAUGGAAACGAGUACUGACCUUGCCUGGUCUCAAUAGCAAAAUCAGCGAGAAAUAUGAUAAAGUGUUUGCCACGGGCUGUAUGCCCAUCGAGCCCGAUGGACCAAAGACUCCUCGUGCUAACGCCGCCUUCGUCGUCCUCGCCCGAAACAAGGAACUGGAAGGUGUGGUUCAGUCGUUAAAGUCGAUCGAGCGACACUUCAACCGCUGGUAUCACUACCCGUACGUCUUCUUGAACGAUGGCGACUUCGAUGAAGAAUUCCAAGCAACCGUGAAGAACUACACGAGCGCCCCGGUCGAAUUUGGCAAGAUUGAUAACUCUGCAUGGGGUUUCCCCGACUGGGUCGACCAUGAGGUAGCCAAGGAGGGUAUCCGAAAGCAGGGCGAUGCUGCUAUCAUGUAUGGUGGCAUGGAAAGUUACCACCACAUGUGUCGGUUCUACUCAGGCCACUUCUACAAGCAUCCUCUCCUGGCCAAAUACGAAUGGUAUUGGCGUUUGGAGCCCGAGAUCAAGUACUUCUGUGACAUUACCUAUGACCCGUUCCUCAAGAUGAUCGAAGCGAAUAAAACAUACGGUUUCACCAUUGCUGUGAAGGAACUCAGAGAGACUGUCCCCAAUAUCUUCCGAUAUGCAUCCGCAUAUAAGCGUAAAAACAACUUUGAAUCAAAGGGUCUCUGGGAGAUGUUCCUGGAGCCCAAGCCCGAGACCCCACCCGAGGACGAGCAAAAGGAUCAAAAGCUGCCUGACGAGAUCCUGCAGACCGAGCCUGGGGACAUGAAUCUCGAGGAUAUCGACCCGGAGACCAUGGAGGGAGAGAGCUACAACAUGUGCCAUUUCUGGAGUAACUUCGAAAUCGCCCGUUUGGACUGGUUCCGAAGCAAGGAAUACGAAGAUUUCUUCCAGAUGAUGGAUCGCAGUGGUGGUUUCUGGAAUGAGCGUUGGGGUGAUGCACCAAUCCACUCCCUCGCAGCUGGUAUCCUCCUUGGUCCCGGUGAUAUUCACUAUUUCCGUGACUUUGGCUAUCGGCACACCACAAUUCAACAUUGCCCAGCGAACGCCCCUGCUCGACAGCUUCCUCGGGAACCUUACUUGGAGAAGACCACCGAAGAUGAGAAGCAGCGGAUCGAAGAGGAUGAAUACUGGGCGACUCCUGACCCUGUCAAGGAAAAUGGGGUUGGCUGCCGAUGCCGCUGUGACACCGACAUUGUUGAUGUUGAAGGCAAGCAGGGUAGUUGUCUGAAUGAAUGGGUGGACGUGGCCGGUGGCUGGGCUUCGCCAUAG